AUGGAGUCGCUACCACAGAUUAUCCAAUCGAGCAUAAUAAAUCCUCUACAGCCUCUACUUCGGCAGAUCACCACUGCUUUGCCAGCUCCAGUGAAUGACGCGCUCAUCUCACUACUUGGUGCUAACUGCUUCACCUCUCUCGUCCUUGGCCUUGACAUAACCAAAGACCCCGAAUGCCUGCCGCUUGCAAUCUCUAAAGCACUUGGAAUUGCUAUCGUCUUAUUCAGCGCCAUCGUUAAAGUACCACAGAUUCUAAAGCUCAUCUCUUCGCGCUCAGCUGCCGGAGUCUCAUUCACAUCCUACGCCCUCGAAACAACCAGUUUUCUUAUCACUCUCGCCUACAAUGCUCGCCAGGGAUUUCCGUUCAGUACAUAUGGCGAGGUUGCUCUAAUUGCAGUUCAGGACAUAGUUGUCAGCGUUCUGGUUUUGGUGUUUUCUGGCCAAACCGCUUCCGCCGGUGCUUUUGUCGCUGCGGUUGUCGGCAUCGUCUACGCAUUGCUGUUCAGUGGCGAGACUAUUGUUGACCAGGCUACGAUGGGCUACCUCCAAGCUGGAGCUGGACUAUUGGGUAUUGCGAGCAAGCUGCCCCAGAUCUAUACGAUCUGGAGUCAAGGAGGCAUUGGGCAACUUAGCUCCUUUGCGGUUUUCAACUACCUUUUUGGGUCCCUUUCUCGCAUCUUCACAACCUUACAGGAAGUGGAUGAUAAGCUCAUACUCUAUGGUUUCGUUGCCGGAUUUACGCUUAAUGUCAUACUUGCGGGGCAAGUGCUCUACUACUGGAAUGCGCCAUCGACCGUCCCUGAGAAACCUUCGAUCCGCGUUUCAAGGGAACAAAAACCGAUAGCAGUAUCGAGCGGGGUAUCCCAAAGUCCCUCAGUCAAAGGCCCAUCAACAAGGCGAAGGGGUUAA